GGCAGCCAGCCUUCAACCAACCUGGAUGGCCAAGUUCUCCACCACUUGGUCCAGGAGGAGCACCUGGGGCCCACGGUGGCAGAGCUGGAAGAACCAUGGCAGAUGCAGCUGGCUCCAGAGACAGGAAGAGCAGGCUCUGUGUCUACAGCAAAUUGAGGUGUUCCUUACACCUAUGCUGGAGCUACAGCUGGUGUCACCUGCUUCAGUCCCUGAAGAGCCAGAGGAUGUCCCAAGAGUGGCAUCAGCCCUGGUGCCAGGCCCCGAACUGGAGCCCCCUGGGCCCUUGGACCCACGGCCUGUAACAUCUGCAGGAAUGGCACUGCACCUGGCAGAGCCACAGCCAGGCCCUAAUACCACCAGGCCCCAUGCCACAAGCACCUGGGACAUCCCAGGAGUGGUCUCAGGCCCUGAGCUGGAGCCCCCUGGGCCCUCAGGCCCGGGGCCCGUGAAACCUUCAAGAAUGACAUUGUGUCUGGCAGAGCCACAGCAAGACCCAGAUCCUACCAGGCCCUGUGCCACAAGCAUCUGGGAUAUCCCAGGAGUGGUCUCAGCCCCAGUGCCAGGCCCCAAGCUGGAGCCCCAUGAGCCCUCAGGCCCAGGGCCUGUGACACCUGCAGGAAUGGCACCAGGCCUGGCAGAGCCAGAGCCCACCAGCCCCUCUGCCAUUAGCACCCAGGACGUGCCAAGGGAGGAGAAACCGACCAUCCUGGCAUUCCCCCCACGCCUGGUGGCUGAGCAGCUGACCCUGAUGUAUACGGCGCUGUUCACCAGACUGACAUAUUCUGAUUGCAAGGCCUACUUCUUGAACCAGCCACAUAUGAGAGGCAUUGAGCACCUGGCCCCCACCAUCCACAAGGAGUGUCUGGCCCUCAAAAAUUUUGCGUCCCUCCAUGCUAUUCUCUUGGCCCUGAAAAGCCGUACCGUACAUCAUCUGGAAAGCACCUGGGGACAUGUUUCCUGGAAGAGAUUCAGGAUGUACAAAAAGCUCAAAAGGAGGGACAAGUGCAUAAACAGGAAGUGGCUCCUCAAGGAGGCGGACUCCAUGGUGCAGCAACAGCUGUGGGACGCCUGGGGAACCGAGGAUAGGAGGAAGCAGGGCAGGGUCCCCUUCCUUGGAAUGUUUCUUGAUGACCUGCUCCUAGACAAACUCCCAGAGCAUAAUGAGGAUGCUGACAGAAUGAAAGAAAGAAAGGUCAAUGGCUGCAGCAUCCUACCAGGAAAGAUCACUGCCGUCCUACGUGAAAUCGUAAUGCACAGGACCUUGGCCUUCGACUAUAACCUGGAGCCUAAGGAGCACUUCAUGUCCUUUCUCCAGGCUGUGGAGCCCCUGGAUGAGGAGGAGAGCUACACCGUCCUGCCAGCUGGAGCCCCCAGGCCAGAGGGCCAGCAGAAAGGGACUGUUAUGGUUCUUCAUGUGCCUCAAUGUUUAAAUUUACUGGCCAGGGCCAGGGCUCUCAGGAUGUGUUCACCCUCCCAGAGAGGGCUGGCUUGGAGGGGAGUUCCAGGAUCAGCACAAACACCUCCAUGUGGGGCUCCAGGCUGGAGACAUUCUCCAGGACUUAUGCUGCAGGUGGAGCCCCAGACUGGGACUGGGGAAGCAGAUGUGGGCCCUCCUGACAGCCUCAGGUGAACGGUGACAGGGUAAAAUUGGGACACCCAGGCCACCCUCUUUCCCUUCACCCUGCCUACAGCACCCUCAGAGCCAUCUGCAUAGUACAGUGUCCCAGGGAUGACCUCAGGCUCCCCAGCCAAAUAAGGAGGUAGGUUUGGGCAGAAGGAGGGCAGACGGGCCUCUGCAGGGCAGUGGUGCAGGUCAGACCUGUCUUCCUGCAGGGCCUACCAGCCUCAAUCUGAGACAGAUAAACUUCUGGGCCCAGAAACAAAGCAGCAGCCCUGGGCCUGCCGGGUUGUCACUGAGGCCUAGCGGUCCAUCCUGCCCUGGGUGUGUGCAGGUGCCCCAAGCACACCAGGCCCUGGACUGAUGCUGGGACAGCAGGCUCACAUGGCUGCCUGGCCACCCUGACUGUGGGCUGCAGCACAUCUGCCCCAAUCGACUUGUGCUGGGGAGGUGGCAGGGACCUCUGGCACCUGGAGCACUGCUCUGGGCCCAAGCACAGGGCCUCUGGGGACUGCUUGUCAUCGGGCUCCUCAGAGAAGCCAUGCGGUUGAGGCUACUGGCAGCAUCGAUGCCCCCAACUGCUGCCCCAGGGGCAAGAUCAGAAGUGGGCAUCCCAUCCUCCACUCCAAUGCAGAGAUCCUCUGGGUGCCAAGUGUGUGGACACAGCCCCAGCCCCUCCCUUCAGGGGAGGCCUGUUGGCCAGAGUAGCAGCUGGCCCCAAGAGGAGGGGAGGCCCUGGCCCUGCAUCUGUCCCCUUUCCAACACAGAAAUUGUGGGGCAUGGAGCCUCACCCCAACUGGUCUGGUCCUGCCCACCAGUGCAUAAGGGGCUCCUGGAAGUAGGCACAUGUGGCUCGCCAGGAGGGUACUGGGCCUUGGAAGGGAAUCCAGAGUGCACAGUGACUUGGAGGGCCAGAUGCUCGGCCUCCACCUGUCCAGGUGUGCUCAGGCACUGGUGAAAAGUGACCGCCCUCCAUCCUCAGCUAGCCCAGGUUCAGCUCUAGUAAGUUGUAUGUGGCUAUUCCCCAUGAAUCUUCCCAUGUGCAGACCCAGAAAAGAUGGGGCCUUUGGGCUUAGGCUGUCAGUAAACAAGUGGAGGCAGUGGGCUCACCA